AUGGAAAACUUGUCCUACUCUUCUUACCCGGACUCAGGCAACUCCUCACCGCGUUCCCGAGAAAUCGAUUGCGAAAACGCUUCAUGGGAUGAACCACCCACCAACUACAAAGUCAAAUUUAUGUGCAGCUAUGGCGGAAAAAUCCACCCAAGACCACAUGACAAUCAACUCACGUACGUCGGCGGUGACACCAAGAUCUUAGCCGUCGACCGGAACAUCCGGUUCUCCGGCUUCAUGCAGAAAUUGUCGUCUCUGUGCGACUCCGAUGCCUGCUUCAAGUACCAGUUGCCUGGUGAAGAUCUUGACGCUUUGAUUUCGGUAACUACUGAUGAGGAUUUAGAGCAUAUGAUGCUUGAGUAUGAUAGGCUCUAUCGUGCUUCGGCUAAGCCCGCGAGACUUAGACUGUUUUUGUUCCCUGUGAAUCCUCCGUCUAGUACUUUUGGUACGAACGAUACUAAAUCGGAGCGACAAUGGUUCGUUGACGCCUUGAAUUCUGUGCAGAUACAGAAUCUGGAGACUUCUUCUCCAUCGGCUGCGACAUCGACGGCAAUUCCGGACUUUUUGUUUGGUCUGGAGAAAAGUCAAGCGCCGCCAGUAGUGGCAUCGAAAUUACAAGAUCCGCCGCCGCAGCAACCGACGGUUCCGGAGAUAACUGCAAAAGAAUUUCAUGCCGGAUCGGAUUGUGGAUCGGAGGAUCGGCAUGUAAUUGGAGACCCCGUGGUCUCCCCGGCGGAGUUCCAGAGACUGCAGAUUUCAAGUCACGAUCAAGCUAUGUUUAACCGGAAAAUCGACGAAACAAAUCCUAGGGGCUAUUCUGGAGAGUAUUAUCAACAGAAACUUCAAGAAAAACUUUCGCUGCCGCAACCGACGGUGCCGGUGCAAAUUCCGGGGUCAUACUUUUCAGAACGGCACAUGAAUAGCGGAAUUUACCCUAUGGCGGCAGCGCCGGGAAAUGAACAGCAGGUUUAUCUGAUUCCUACGGCGGCUGGUAUGUAUCAGGCUCCGGCAAUGCGUCCGGUGACCGGACAAGUCGGCCAGGGUUACUAUGGGAUGCAAAGAGUAGUACCGGAGGUUUACCGAGAACAACCAAUGUACAAUCUGGUCCCACAGCAAUCGAUUCAGCAACCGAAAAUUGGAGGCUACAGCGAAGCCAUUGGAAUGGUACGGCCGCAAAUGAGCGGCGGAAUUGGGGUGACGGAGGCGGGGUAUGCGCAGGUUGGCUAUGACGGGGCAGGGAGGCAGGUGUACUACACUGCACCAGGAGGGGUGGUGCCGCAAUAUCAGGCGGUGAGCGCGGCGAUGGAUGUGAGGCAAAGUGGUGGCGCGUUAAAUCAAGAGGGUUAG